AUGUCUGGCAGUUCUGACUUGCCGAAGUACCCCUUUGCUCGUUCCCCAAGAUCUUAUAAUCCUCCCGCGGAGCUAGGAGAGCUUCGACGCCAAGGUCCCACGGAACGAGUUCAGCUCUUCGAUGGGAAGCCUGCAUGGAUCAUUACGAGACACAAAGAGGUCUGUGAGAUGCUGAAUAGUGAUAGAUUGUCCAAUGAACGAUACAACCGCGACGGAUAUCCCGAAAUCCAUAGCGGUACGAAGAAGGAAGGCGUCAGGCCGACAUUCGUCCACAUGGACGCUCCAAAACACGAAAGGCACAGCCAUGACGGAGAGCUUUUUGCCCCUGAAGCGACUGAAGCACUCAAGCCACAAAUCCAGGAAAUUGUGGACGGGCUGAUUGACUUGAUCAAAGAUCGGGGUUGUAAAGAUGGACCUAUUGACCUGGUCAUUGAGUUUGCUGCCAUGGUGAAUCCAAAGGCGAUUCUACUACUGAUCUUCAAAGUCCCUGAAAAGGAGACUAACAAGAUCAUCCAAGCGAGCUCCGCGCUCAGCGGCACAAGCGGCACAGCAUCUGAGUCGGGUCAUACGGAUUUGCACGAUUUACUAAGUCAGCUAGUCGACGAACGGAUCAAGAAGCCUGGCAGUCCGCAAGAAGACUUGAUCAGCAAGCUCGUGAUUGAACAGUAUAGGCUGGGAAGCCUCGACCGCGACGACCUUAUCAUCCUCGUCUAUAUGAUCCUUGUCGCUGGGAAUUCGGCGAUUGAGAGUUCCAUUGCCUUAGGCGUUACUACCUUACUGCAGAACCAGGAUCAGCUUAGAGAGCUUAGGGAUAAACCUGAACUGGCAGGGCAAAUUGUUGAGGAGAUAUUGAGGUACCAUACUCCGUCUGCAUUGAACAGCAGACGUGUCGCGAUGGCUGAUCUCAGGCUGGGUGGGAAGGAGAUCACUGCCGGCACAAGUGUCAUUGGCUUCGUUCGAUCCGCCAACCGCGACGAAAGGUUGUAUUCCGAUGCAGACAAGUUUGACAUCCACCGUCACGUCGACCCGCACCAGAAUCUGGCCUUCGGAUACGGCCCGCAUAAUUGUCAGGGUCAGUGGCUGUCGCGGCUGGAGCUACAGGUCGUUUUUAGCACCCUAUUCCGCAGACUUCCGAAUCUAAAGCUUGCCAUUGAGCCCUCGGAACUGGAGUAUACACCGCCAACACAGAAUGUGGGGGUUGUCCAUCUUCCUGUGGUAUUCUAA